GAAACGCAAGCGGAAUCCGAGCACCACCGUCACAAGUUCUAUAAAGAGCGUCUGUCAAAAUGCCGCGUUCGCAUUUCACUCGGAGGCAUUGUCUAGCGAUGACGGGCGGUUUAAUUGCAACGGGGCUGCUGCUGAUCUGGUGUCUGGCACACUCUACGAUCGUAUCGGGAAAGCUGUACGAUCCCGCCGCUGAUAAAUCUACGCUCGAGCUGCUUCAUGUGGUAUUCCGACAUGGACCACGAACGCCGGCGGAUACGUAUCCAAGGGAUCCGUAUGUAAAUGAGACCUACUAUCCCUAUGGCUGGGGACAAGUAACAAAUAAUGGCAAACGCGAGCUGUUCAACAUUGGUACUUGGCUGCGUAAGCGUUAUGGCAAAUUUCUGGCGCCCCACUACAGUCCCGAUCUGGUGCACGCACAGGCGACGGGAGUGCCGCGCACCCACAUGACCAUGCAGACGGUUUUGGCCAGCUUCCUGCCCCCGAAGGGCACUGACAUGGAGUGGAAUAGCAAGUUUAAUUGGCAGCCCAUACCUGUCUUCUCGCAGGAGCUCAAUGAGGACACGCUGCUGCUCGUUCGAACGCCCUGUCCGCGCUAUUUCGAGGCGCUGCAUGAGGUCUAUGACCUGCCUGAGGUCAAGCAGGAAGUGGCACCCUAUCUGGAUAUGUACAAGGAGCUGGAGACGCAUACAGGUCUCAGUUUCAAGGAGCCUGAGGACGUUCAAUCCCUGUAUCUGACGCUGCUGGCCGAACAGGAAUGGGGCCUGAAGCUGCCCGAGUGGACCAACGCGUAUUUCCCAGAGAAACUUCAGUUCCUCGCCGAGCAGAGCUACGUGUACAAUGUGUACACACCCGAGAUGCAGAAGAUCAAGGGUGGGCCAUUCCUCAAGAAGAUGUUCGGUGAGAUGCAGCAGAAACGGAACGACACCCUCAAGCCGAGUGCCCGAAAGAUGUUUAUCUACACCGGCCACGACUCGACGGUGGUGAACAUUCUCUCCGCCCUGAAGAUCUGGGAGCGUCAGUUGCCGCGCUACUCGUCAAUGGCAAUCUUCGAGCUGCACAAGAGCAAGGAGACCGGCGAGCACUGGGUGGAGAUCUAUUUCCGCAACGAACCCAAGGCGCAGGCCCAGAAACUGACCGUGCCCGGCUGCGAGUUCAAAUGUCCGCUGGACAAGUUGCUGCAGCUGGCCAGGGAUGUGGUGCCCACGGAGCUGGAUGACAAUCGGUGCGACUCCCGCAACGAGGCAUUCACGGAGCCACCGCUGCGUGGCCCAUAGAGAGAGUGAUAAAGGUCGAAAGAAUUCUUACAGGUGCUACACAUCUCAGGGAGUGGGACAUGCCAGUCCUGCCAGUAAGCCUCAAAUAACUAGUUAAGUCAGUCGUUGUCAUUUAGCCUAAGCCUAAUAAAUGUGUAAAGGUUCA